AUGCGAAAGCGCCAUAGAGAUCGAAAACUCGGGGGUUCGGAGGGUAAAGAUGAUGUUUCCUGUUGUGGUCGUCCCAGACGAAAAAAUGAGUCUCAUCGAAGAAAACACCACCGUCGUCACAGAAGGCAUAAAUCAAAACGCCUGCACAAAAGCCAAAAGGAUGUAAUUGGAACGAAAGAAGAUAUUCCGUCACCUUUACGCCCACCAACACUGCCACUACCACAGUCAUCAACCUUAGCUGCAGCGAUGAAGGAGAAACAAAAAGAAGAUAAGGAAUCUGGAGAAAUGACAAGUGCAAAUCAAGGCAAAAUGUCCACAUCAGGAGAAGUUACCGGGCAAGGAAAGGCCAGCGCUUUUCCAAAAUUUCCGAAUUUGCCAAGCAGUCAAUUAGGGACGUCAAGUUCGCCUCCAGCAUUACCAUCACGUGAUAGCCAAAAAGUUGAAGGACGUGAAAACCCAUAUCAACUAGCAAUUAUGAACAAAGCCGAAUUAUUGCAAGAACUAUGCAUCACUCAGUGUACUCGUGAUGGAUACGAGAUAAGUAGACUGGCAUAUACGACAUGUUUUCCGCUUUGCAAAAAACCCAAUUUUAUUUACUUGCCCAAGCUGAGAUUUACGGCAAAUAACAGUGAAGAAUCUGCGCAAAAGAAGUCGGCCAAACAAAGUGGGAUUGAUUUACUGCAAGAAAGAGCGCCACCAGUUAAAAUUUCUCAAAAUCAUACACCUGAUUUGCUAAAGGGAAAAAAUUUUACAACAGAGACCAAGAUAAGCGAUUUUGUGCAAAACAUAAAUGAAUGUUGCUUGGCUCUUCGAAAAGCUCUGAGAAAUAUUUCUAAUCUUAAGCUAUUGGCUACUGGAGAGACACUGAGAGAAGUACAUAAGUACGAUGCAGAUUCAAAGGCAAUCGUAAAUGAUUUGACAUAUCUUCGAAAACUCAUCGACAGAAAGUUUACAACAUAA